UAGUGAGUCUAUGUAGGGAGUAUUGAAGUAUUUCAGACUGAGCAAAACGCAAACCGACUAGUUUACAUUGGUCCUUCUUGCGUACGCAGAUAGAAAGUGGAAAGGAAAAAUGUCAGCCUUGCCUGACGGCAAAAAGCUGGUGCGAAGCCCGAGUGGACUGCGCAUGGUGCCGGAGAACGGAGCUUUCAGCAGCCCGUUUUCGUUAGACGAGCCUCAGUGGGUCCCGGAUAAAGAGUGUCCCAGAUGCAUGCAGUGUGACACAAAAUUUGACUUCAUCACCAGAAAGCACCACUGUCGACGAUGUGGUCGGUGUUUCUGUGAUAAAUGCUGCAGUAAGAAAGUGGCCUUGCCCAGGAUGUGCUUUGUAGAUCCAGUCAGGCAGUGCAGGGACUGCGGCCUCGUCUCACAGAAAGAACUCGACUUCUACGACAAACAGCUCAAAGUGCUUAUGGCAGGUGGCACCUUCCUGGUCACACUAGGCUUCUCAGAGAAAUCGGAGACCAUGGUGUGCCGUCUGUCCAAUAACCACAGAUAUCUGUUCCUGGAUGGAGAAAGCCAUUUUGAGGUGGAGUUGUCACGGAUCUCCACCAUGCAGGUGCUGACAGAGACAGAAGGCUCAGCCCCAGGAGAGAAAGAUAUUCAUACUUACACCACUCUGCUGGACAGUCAAUAUAUAUCAGAAGGAGGUUUGUCUCGUGCCACAGGCAUGCUGCUGCACUAUAAGCCUCCGGGCUCACAGGACUCUCAGCAGCUCCGCAUGGAGGCAGCCGACGACAAGAAGAGCGCCUCCUGCUGGCUUGCUGCCAUGCACAAGGCUACCAAACUGCUGUACGAGUCGAGGGACCAGUGAAAUAACUGCAGUAAAGGCCCAGAGCUUAAAGAGGAGCAGGAGGAGUGUCGAGACCAAGAAAGAAGGACGCGCUCGCUUUUGUUAGAAACUCACAAAUACUCCACAAUGCCUACUUGCUUUCUAUCGGACCUCUGCUUUCCGCUUUCCCUUUUGGAGUAACCGGAUUGGUCAUGUGACUUGUCCGUCGCUCCAAUAGGGUGGACCAAGUUAACCAUUGAUUCUAAUGCAAUGUGUAUAUAUGAUGUAAAGGAUGUAUGCACAUGUACUACAGUGUAAACGUGAGUUGGGUCUCACACAUGAUUUUAUUAUUUUUUUUUUCUCUCAGAAUUACAUCAAAUAUUCCUAUUUUAACACACACAUACACACACACACAUAUAUAUAUAUAUAUAUAUAUAUAUUUACUUUUUACUGCCAGUAUAUUCACUCGUAACACUUUGUAACAGUGCCUCCAAUUCACCUGUACACACUACAGCAAGCAGUUCAUUUGAAUAUUUCUGCUUUUUAACCAAGUAUCUGUAUGUCGUUAUUUUCCAAGUGCUCGAUUACACUACAGUUCAUCCCCGGUAAUGUAAAUGAAGCAAUUUCCAAGAAACUCCUCAUUGUGCUCUCUGUACAAGGUUUUCUCACAAAUCCAUGGUCAGUAUUCAGAAAACAGAACAUCUGAGGUCUUUCUGUUUUCCCCCUUAAAAUAAAAUCCGUUUUUUUUUGUAAAGCAAAUGUGUCGUAAUACAAAUUUGUUUACAAAUCUGUGCAUGGUGUGUACUGUAUAUGUACACACGUUUUUUUUCUUUCUUAUUUGCUGAUUAAAUCAGUUGUUUGUAACCUG